GCCCUUAAAGAAUUGCUAUUCCCUUCUUUUUUUUCUUUUUUAUUAUUGUUGUUGUUUUUAUUUUAUUUUGUUCUGCUGUCACUUUUUUUUUUUCUUUUUAUAUACCCUUACAACGAUAAAGAUAUGAAUUCCACAACAGCCAAUUAUUGCCUUGAUUCGAUAUCAAGAAGGUCCUCUCUCUGUCCUCCUCACCAUGAUUCCGACCCUGUUCUUUCACCACCCCUCACUCCUGCUCUCUCUCAACAUCACCCUUUCGAUAAAAGACAAUCCGCUGAUCUUACCUAUUCCCCUAACCCUUACAACGGUCGUCCAGCUUAUUCCAUGGACAGUUACCAUCAUUGGAUGAACCAUUCCGCUACUAUGCAACAUAUCCAACAGCAAGUCCAUCAUCCUAUGCACCACCACCCUCAACAGCAACAGCAACAACAACAGCACCACCACCAACAACAACAACAACAACAGCAGUUGCACCCUUCACCUAUACCCUCAUUACCACCUCAACAGCAAGUAGCUUCUGCCACUACAGCUACCAACAGAGGUUUAAUGUCAGACAGAGCCACGGGUGCUGGUGGCGGUGCUGGUAGUGGUGCUACGGGCUGUUCUACUCGAAAGCAACCUUCCAAACAAAACAAGCACAUGUGCAAUUUCCCAGAUUGCCUUUGGAGUUUUAAGCGAUUUGAACAUUUGAAAAGACACAUGUUGGUUCAUACCGGGGAAAGACCUCAUGUGUGUCCCCACCCAGGUUGUGGUAAAAAAUUUAGUCGAAGUGAUAAUUUUCAUGCACAUUAUCGCACACAUGAAAAGAAGGCCUUUGCCCGACAAAAGAAUAACAAUAAUAAUAAUAGUCAGGUCAAUAACACCGAACCAUCUAGUCACACGGCUAAUUUCUUGAUGAAAGAAGAAAAAGACUUUAGCAUGCCUUAUUAUCAUCAUCAUCCAUACCCUUUAUUACCUACUCCUUCCAAUAACACCAAGACUACAGAUUACAUGUAUAAUCAACAACACCAGCAACAACAUCAUCAUCAACAGCAGCAACAACAUCAGCAUCAACAGCAACAACAACAUCAGCAUCAACAGCAACAACAUUACCACAUGCUGCAAGACACGAACAGUCCUACUCCCUCUGUACGACACACGAAUAAUAAUAGCAUAUCAUCCUCUUCCUCCUCUUCUACGACGUCGAGUAACAAAUUGAAAGGAGAACAAAAGAAGCCUCAUGCAUGUAGUGAACUUGGUUGUGAGCGUAGAUUUAGACGCCUAGAACAUUUAAAGAGACAUAUGCGUAUACAUACGCAUGAACAACCAUUUAAAUGUAAUUAUCCAGGAUGUUUAAAAACAUUUAGUCGAUCGGAUAACUUGACUCAACAUCGCAAGACGCACGAACGACGUGGAUCAAGGUAUCAGGCAGUGGAUCCAGUUGUUCCAGUUUCGACUACUGAAUUUAUGCAGCCCACGAAUAACAACAACAACAACAACAACAACAAUUCUACUACGACAACGAGUGAAUCUUCUUUUACAUUAGUUGAUUUUAUCCGAGAUGGUAAUACGAGCAGCAGUCAUAGCAAUACUACGGCCUAUAAUCCACAUCCUUCGUCACCUUCCUUUGAUACCGCUAACAAUAAUAAUAACAAUAAUAAAUCACAUCCUAUCUUGGCGUGGCAGCAUCCUGGUGAUACUUCAACAGAAACUGUAGGAUGUUAAAAACCUUUUUUUUUAUAUAACCUCCUUAUUAUUUUUUUAGCGUAAAACCCCCUCCUUUUCUUCUUUACAGCCCCUCUCCCUCUUUUUUUUUUUUUUUUUGCUUCACUCUCCUCAUUUAGUCCUUUUUUCCUUCUUAAAUAAACACAUGUUUAAA